CUUGGCUCUCCUGAUAACAGAAUCCAAUGUCCUUCCUUCCCUCCACAGGUUUGGAGCAAACUCUCCCUUCACUUGUUGCCCUCUAGUACUAAAGGAACCCUGGCUCUCAAGCUCCACUGAGGCCCAGACUGUCUCCCUAGGCGCCUGCCUCCCCUGGAGGGCGGGGCUUGGCUGCACCCACGUGUGGCAGAGUUAUAUGCUCCUAGCGGAGAGAAGAGCUGGGAGUGUGGAACCAGCUGGCUCAGGCAGAAACGCGGCACCAUGGCUGGCAAGAAAGUCUGCAUUUUAGGCUCUGGCAACUGGGGUUCAGCCAUCGCCAAGAUUGUGGGUGGCAAUGCAGCCAAGCUGGCACACUUUGACCCCCGGGUGACCAUGUGGGUGUUCGAGGAAGACGUCGGGGGCCGAAAGCUGACCGAGAUCAUCAACACACAGCAUGAAAACGUCAAAUACCUGCCCGGGCACAAGCUUCCCUCCAACGUGGUGGCUGUCCCAGAUGUGGUCCAGGCUGCAGUGGAUGCGGACAUCCUGAUCUUUGUGGUGCCCCAUCAGUUCAUCAGCAAGAUCUGUGAUCAGCUCAAGGGCCACCUGAAGGCAAACGCCAUCGGGAUGUCUCUUAUUAAGGGUAUAGACGAGGGCCCCAACGGGCUGAAGCUCAUCUCUGAAGUGAUUGGGGAGCGGCUUGGCAUCCCUGUGAAUGUGUUGAUGGGGGCCAACAUUGCCAACGAGGUGGCUGAUGAGAAGUUUUGUGAGACAACCAUUGACAAAGGAAGAAGACCCAAGCAUCAGAGGCUGCAAGGACCAGGCCCAGGGACAGCUUCUGAAAGAGCUAAUGCAGACACCCAAUUUCCGCAUCACGGUGGUGCAAGAGGUGGACACAGUAGAGAUCUGUGGGGCCUUAAAGUGGCCGUGGGGGCUGGCUUCUGCGAUGGGCUGGGCUUUGGCGACAACACCAAGGCAGCGGUGAUCCGACUGGGCCUCAUGGAGAUGAUCGCCUUCGCCAAGCUCUUCUGCAAGGGCCCUGUGUCCUCUGCCACCUUCUUGGAGAGCUGUGGUGUCGCUGACCUCAUCACUACCUGCUACGGAGGGCGGAACCGCAAGGUGGCCGAGGCCUUUGCCCACACAGGAAAGUCCAUUGAGCAGCUGGAGAAAGAGAUGCUGAAUGGGCAGAAGCUACAGGGGCCCCAGACAGCCCGGGAGCUACACAGCAUCCUCCGACAAAAGGGCAUGCUAGAUAAGUUCCCUCUGUUCAUGGCUGUGUACAGAAUAUGCUACGAGAGCCAGCCCGUGGGUGAAUUCAUCCGCUGCCUGCAGAAUCAUCCAGAACAUCUGGGACGACAUGCCAACUGCCAAGCAACUAGCUGACAUUGGCUACAAGACUUUCUCCACCUCCAUGAUGCUCCUUACUGUGUAUGGGGGCUACCUCUGCAGUGUUCGAGCCUACCACUUUUUCCAGCGGCGCAGCUCCCGGCGCCAGGCUGCAGAAGAACAGAAGACCUCAGGAGUCCUGUAGAACUGGGGGGCUCUUUUCCUUGACCAGAGAGGCCUGAGGCAUGCUGUGGAAAGAGCUCACCUACAAUCACCCAAAUCAAGAGAACCAGGGCCUUAAUGGUUUUCAAGUCCUGCUGGGGAUAAGUGCCCAUGUUUUCUCUGGAACUGCCAGUUUAAGGAGGCUGUCAAAUUGUAGCAGGAAUUGGGACAGAGGGAGGCACAUGCACAGGCAUUAAAUAUUUUGUCAUGUG